CAUAUUUGGAUGUAGUUAUAAACCAUGCUUGUAUCAUGGUGAUUUUUAAGUAAUUAAAAGUUGGUUUAAGCACAUAAACCGAACUUGUUAUAUCAAGGGGAGGAGUGUACAAAGGUCUUGUCUAGUACGGAUCCGAUCAAAUCAUGAGAAUCGCAGUUCAAUAGUUAAAAUCAAGGACCAACUCGUGUAAAAUAUGAUCCAGUACAAACAUCAAUUUGGUAUGAUCCAACUCUAGUAAUUGUUGGUUCAGUAUGAUCCAGUACAAACAUCAAUUUGGUAGGAUGCAUUGUGAGCAAACAUUUGCAUAUCCUAGUUAUAUCACACAAUAGUUAUUGGCAACAUUAGUAUGGUUACGAAAUUUAAUAGUGGGAUUCUCAUGCCUAUGAGACAAAAUGGGUACUUAGAUUUUGAUAGUAUCCACUUCGUCCACCUUCCAUCCAAAUUUUCUAAAUUAGAAUGAUAUCUCCACCAAAUUGAUAAUUGACACACAUAUUCUCCAACUUUAGUUAUUAUGAUAGUAAUGGCAGACAUAAUUCAUAUUCAAUUAUCCACCUAACAGAAAUGAGUGUUGGAUUUAGGAAUUUAGGUGAUGCAUAUACCACACUCAUCGAUGGGUGCUUGAUCAAAGUUUCUUCCACUAUAUGCAAUCAACAUCAUGAAGAGCAAGUACUAAAAUUCGUCAGAGUAUUGGCUUGUACACGUUUGAUUUCUGUUUCGGGUCUGACAUGUAACCUUAUUCUUAAUCAGAUUGGAUUAGGGUUAGGUCGUUGGAGAAGUACUAUAUAAAACUCUCAUACUUCUCUGUAAUCUGUAAUCUCCACAAGUACAAUGAAACUGGCACUUUCCCGCCUGUGGACUAACACAUGUGUUAGACAAACACGUAAAUCCAUAUGUUCUUUUAUUUCUUAUUAUCAUUGUCUUUCUUGCAUUGUCGAUUACCCCAAUCUGUCCGUGACAACAUGUAUUUUUUGUAGUGUAAUUAGACUGUGAUACCAUAACUAAGAAAUUGUUCGGACGACGCCGUUCCCAUAACUUUCUUUCCUUCUAGCUGCUUUCCAUGGUUCGAGCCACCAUGACCACUUCCCAUAUCAGAAAGAAAAUACUUCUUCUGUUACCAAGAACUAAAAGGAUCAAUUCACGAAAAAAGAAGUAAAAGUAUCGAGUUCAAAUCUUAGGACCAAAGACUCCAGCAAUAUAAUGAGAACGACAUUAAACAUAUGAAUAUCAUCUAUUUGUCACAUCGGUGAUAAUUAAAGUUCUCGAGAUAUAUUCAUUACGUAUAGGAAUGACAAAGGUCAUGACUUGAUACCGUCACAUUCCCAUCAAUAACUCAUAUAUAUAAACAUAGCAAAUUAAGCAAAUCCAUUCCCCCAACAACAUAUCCCUAACCUCCACAAAAUGUCGGUGUUGAAACUGAACUCCUACAACCAGUUCAUCCGAACCUUGAAAGGCGAUCUUCACAACAUCUUCGUCUACGAUUACAUGGACGAUCCCAACGUCUUCGAGAUGAUCCACGCUAGCAUCUAUGCUAGUGAACCACUUUCUAUCACCACUCAUGUGAUUACUACAGUCAGAAUCCAAAAACCACCAAUCAUUAUUUGACUUCUCCUUGACAGAAUCCAGAAGAGCCAUCGAUCCCUGUGUUUCAUCUUCCCACUCACUUGAGUCUUCAGAUUCUACACAGGCCAUUAACAGUAUGUCCUCAUUCAUAUCUCCAUUAAUGACUUUUUAUUUUCUCUAGUUUUUUUAAUCGGGUCUUAUGUUCUUCGUUUUAAUUUGGAUUUCAAAAUAAAAAUUAUAUUGAUAGGACGAGUUCGUUAUGAUCUACAAAAUGAUAUCCAUUUUUAAUAUAUUUUGGAAAAAAAAAAAAUCUACCACUCAUUCAACCUGGGUACUACCUUAUUUUUUCCUCGAAAUUUGACAGAUGAAACAAGUUUCUUACUAAAACGCCAAAGAAGUUCCUUACGCCAAAGAAUUUAAGCUAAAACUAGGAAUCAAGGGAAAGGGCAACC